AUGAUUCAUAAAUGGUGGCAUAAGUUUAUUCGACGUAGAACAAAACCAAUUCCUACAGACGUCGCAGUUUUAUGGAAACGACGCCUCAGUUUUGCUUACGCUAUUUGUGCGUGGAAUGCUUUUGGAAUACUUGUUUACAACUUUUAUCAUGGUAAAGCUGAUUGGGCCCAAUAUUAUGGUCUAAAAUCAGAAGAAGAACAAGCUAUUCCCCCAGGACAAGCAUGGGCUAACACUUUAGGCAUAAAAGAUGCUAAAGUCUAUAGAAUAUCAGGAUUGAGUAAAGUUGAUGAGUAUGAUAUAGUUGAUGGAAAGGAAGUUAGACAUGAAAAUAAAACUCAAGAAGCAGAAGAACUAAGCCAA